GCGAGCAUCCGCCGUCUCGCAGCGGACCAUGCUGCAUUGCAUGAGGAGCUGCCGCCUAACUACCUCUUCCCUCCCGAUGAUGCCAACGCCGACGAUUUGACGCAAUUCACCGCGCUCCUAGCUGGUCCACAGGGCACCCCCUACUCACAGGGACUAUGGCGACUACAUCUAAAGAUGCCGGAGGAUUACCCCAAGAGUCCUCCCAAGGCGACCUUCAAGACUCGCAUCUGGCAUCCGAAUGUGGAGGAACUGACGGGAGCUGUCUGCGUGGAUACUCUGAAGCGAGACUGGAAGUCUACGCUGACGUUGAAGGAUGUGCUGAUCACAAUCUCCUGUCUGCUGAUCUACCCGAACCCCGACUCCGCACUCAACGCCGCCUCCGGCUCCCUCCUGCAAGAAAACUACGAAGCCUUCGCCCGUCAAGCCAAGCUGAUGACCUCAAUUCAUGCUCCCGUCCCCGACGAUCUCAAGAGCGCAGUCGCCGAAGCGAAACUGCGGGGUGAAGACGCCGGCACCACGAUCCCGGUCGAGCAGGACGAACCCCGCACCCUAAGGCCACGCAAAGGAACCAGAAUCACGUCCGUGACGAUGAAGAAACGGACAACUCGGAAGACCAGCGCGAUGAAUACACCCGAAUCAGAAUCUAGCACAACUCCUCUGACAGUCUCAGCAGCUGCGCCAACGCCGUCGUUCAGCCAGACCACUCCCAACAACGAAGGAAACAAUGGUGAAGAUGAGACCCCCUCCGACUCCGAAUCCUCCAACGCCAGCAAAGAGAACGACCCUUCGCUAUCUCCUUCCCCAGUCCGCCACCGCCCACCCCCAACCCUCCGCAAAAACAUCCACGGUAAACGUCCCCUCUCCGUCCUAACGCUACCAAUGGACAUGGACGACGAGGACGAGGACGACGACCACAAAACCCACCCUCUCCCCACAAGAGACAGAGAAAGCGAGAAAGAUCACUCCCCCUCCUCCCCCGAACAACCCCGCAACAAGUCCCCCAAACUCUCCAUUCCCAAACGAGGCGCCUCCCCCAUGAAAGGCGUCAACGCCUCCGGCCGCAUCCGCGACGAUGUCAGUUUUCUCGCCUCCGCUUCAUCGUCCCUCUUCCCUGGGAAAUCAUCCCACCAAUAUCCCCCGCUCGCGGAACUGGGGCCUUCUACUACUACUAUUACUGCUGCUAAUACGACGGGCACUAUGUCUUCUCGACGUGCCGUCUCCGCGUCCGUCCCUUCAACUUCGAAACCGCUCCGGUCCAUGACAUUGGGCGCGAGGAAGGUGUCGGCGUCGGCUGGCGGGACGGGAAAGAAAGUGAAGCCGAGGAUUGGGAUCCGGCGGUUGUAA